AUGGAGCUCAGUAGGAAAGAGAUAAUUGAUGUCCUUGAAGAGUCAUUUCGAAUUGCUGAUUUCCUCGCUCAAAACCUCGAUGAUGGCCCGACAGUGACUGAGAAACUACUCCCAUCAAAAAGCUUCUUUUACACCAUGGCUAGUGAGUCACGGAUAUGGUUGGAGGCAUUCGGUCAAGCAACACCUCCUCGAGUAUUAUUUUCCUCUGGUAGUGAUGACCCUGAAUCUAGUUUCAGUGCAUACAUGGCAUUGAAUCAAUUUGCAUUGACUUAUUCAAGCUUACAAGGCCCACUCUUGACAACUCUUCCUCGAGCUAUCCAGUCUUUGGGUCUACAACGAUUUCAAACUUUCCAUAUUGAUUACAGAACUCUUACUGACCGGCACUUGGCCAAGAAACUGGAACACAGUCAGAAGAAAAUUAGUGAUAACUUGAAGGACAUGAGCUCAGAAACAAGAAGGAUGAGACUCACUCAGGUGCUCUGGGCUUUGGAUGCAUACCAAGAUACCUGUUGGCAUCAGACAGAAUUUCUUGACCAUAUCCAUUGUGUAGUACGCCAACAUUUCUUUGUUGAGCAAGCCAAAAGGAUCGAGACGUUUUUGAGUGCGACGCACAGAAUUCCCUGGGAUCCCGAUUCAGAUUUGAGCAAAAGCAUUGCCAGCUCAGUGAUAACAAGAUUCAUUGUGUGUUGCGGUGGGGAGGUCAAGAAUAUUGCCUAUGCGCUCCCAAAGGGCAUUGAGAAGGUUAUCCACGAUAUCACUGUUCUUGACAGUUCUCCUGAGUCCACCUUGCAGACCGGCUUUGCAGCACCCCAGGACAGCUUUACAGCGUUGAUGUUCUGUGAUAACUCUGUGUUGUGA